AUGACGCUUUACCGCUACCUCCUUGUCUCCCUCGUUCUUGGAGCGGUGGUUUCCGGAGAAACAAAACAGCAAGCUCGUUGGAGAAUCGCGCGUUCGCACUCCCAAUUCACAUACAUUCCCAAGGACUAUGCUGCUAAUGGGCUAGAAUUGGCUCUGCAGAAUGAAACUCUAUGUAAAAUACCCUACGACGACUAUCUAAACCCCGAAGUUUUCGACCAUUGGUACGACGGCCAUGUCCAUGCGUCGAAUCUUGCGUCUUGUAUAUUCGAUCACCUCCCAGAAUGGGCCAAGGCCGAAUUCACCACCGUCUCGAUCGCGCUGGGGCUCAUUCCACCCACACUUGUUGUCAUUGGCCCAGAUACUUCCGGGAUCGCUUUAUUAAGCCUUCGACGACCUCUCCUGGCAACUGCUCUAGCCAUCGGGUCUCCCGCUCUUAGACCAGGGGCUGACCCCGUUGAGGUGCUUAAAUCGGCUCCCAAAGUGACGUUUGGCUUUGAUACCAAGCCUGGUCUGAAUUGGAGAAGAUGGCCUAUAAUUGCGGCAAUUCUAGCCGUCGAAUACGCUAUUGCGGCUGCAGCCGUCUUCAAUGUCGCCUACCAAGUAUCUUUCCUCACAUACCAGGCCGUAUGCUGGGCUGCGAUACAGCUUUUCCAGACACCAUUAGUACCGGAGACUGCAGCACCACUCUUGUGGGUUCUCGUCGUUGUACCCGUGACGUUCAUGUGCGAGUUUGCCGUUAGGUGUCGAGUUAAGAAAAUAUACAAGGAUAGCUCGUUCAAGACGAGCCCCGUAUCUUGGGUUGCAAAUUGGGCAUGUUCGGAACUGACGCCUUGGAUGUAUGUAAAGACGUACGGCUUUCACACCGAGGAUGAGGGACCGGCGUGGCUCUUAUUCACCAAAUUUGUCAGUCUCGCAUCAAUAGCGCACGUCUUGAUGGGCAGCAUUAUCCUAUCAAGUAUAUUCUUCGUGGAAUUUCGCAAUGCAGUCAUCACGGUUACAACUCUCCUUUCUGGGGCUCUUGGAUGCAGGUUUGUCAUGUUAUUCGAACUGUAUUGGAUGAGACGACUGCAUGCUUGGGAAAAUUCAGAUGAUUCAAAACGUCAAGAUACUUUUUGA